AAGAGGGCGGGGCAAAUCUGCAGUCUGUUAACGCGACGCUUUGAUGGCUGAGCAUUGAGCAAAUAAUACAUUUGACACUAUCGCUGAAUACGUAUCAACGUUGUUUGUACGUUAAUACUUGUGGGUUCUUUAAAUCUUUCAGUUUAUUAUUAUUAUUUUAAUUUCCAGAGUCUAAAAGGAUGUGAUCACGGCCACUUAACGUUGAUAGUGGCCCAAUAUUGCUUUUAUUCUGCAGCUGCGCGACGCGUCACACGCAAGGUGCGGCAGUGCCCAGCGCGAGCCGGUUACGCGUUGGGUUUGGCCCUAAUCUGGAUAAACCCAUCAACAACCUAAAUGAUCUUGUAGAUCAGAAGCAGCGUGAUGACUAAAACGCCCGAUACCCCGGCACCAUGCGCGGGUAUGGGUGACGUCCACCACAGCCACCCAGAGGAGCCCAUGGAGCAGCUCUCCAGACACGCUCGUGUUGCUGUUCCAGAGUUGGUUGUAACCUGCGAGCCGUGUGUCACUGAGUGUGAACAGAGCCCCCGCGGACCCUUCUCAGGCUCUCAUCACCCCGAUGAGGAGUCCAUCUGCUCGGACAGCGGGCUCAGCGGCUCCCCCGCCUCGUCCCUGGCGCUGAGAAAGCUAUCCAACUCGUCCUCAACCGGCCUCUCGCCAGCUUCGUCUUUUGAGGAAUGCGAAGAGGAUUUAAUGGGUUACGGUGACUAUAAUCAGUCUCCAGGUGAACCGCUCACGACUGAUCAGUGGAAGAAGUCAAAGAACAUGGUGAACUGGUCUUCCCCUCCAGUGGCGGUGAAAAAGCGCUCUCCUUGGGUGCAGGUGGUCGGCCAUGCAGGAAACUUUCAGAUGGGCAGUGAUGGAAGGCUGCUGAAGAAGUACUGCGAGUGCGAGCAGCAGUGUUUUCUGCAGCUCAUGAGCGACUCGCUGCGGCCCUUCGUUCCUGGAUACUAUGGCGUGACUCAGUGUGACGAGCAGGAUUACAACCUCAUGGACGACCUGCUUGCUGACUUCGACUCUCCCUGCAUCAUGGACUGCAAAAUGGGAAGCCGGACUUACCUGGAGGAAGAGUUGAAGAAGGCCCGGGAGUGUCCUCAGCCACGCAAAGACAUGUAUGAAAAAAUGAUCGCAGUGGACCCGGAUGCCCCCAAUGCGGAGGAGCGGGCCAGGCAGGCAGUACUCAAAACCAGAUACAUGCAGUGGAGAGAAACCCUCAGCUCAACGGCCACGCUGGGCUUUCGCAUCGAGGGCAUCAAGAAAUCAGAUGGCACUUGUAACACUAACUUCAAGAGAACAAAGUACAAAGAUGAGGUGAUCCAAGCCCUGGAGGACUUUGUGGACAACAACAUGCUAAUCUUGAGAAGCUACCAACAGCGGUUGAAGGAACUACGAGCUGUGCUGGAAAAAUCUGAUUUCUUCAAAGCCCAUGAGGUGGUGGGCAGCUCCUUGUUAUUUGUUCAUGACCUCACUGGCAAGGCUGGAAUCUGGAUGAUAGACUUUGGAAAGACUGUGCCCAUGCCGCCCCCUCUCACCCUGGACCAUCGCAGCCCGUGGGUGGAGGGCAACAGAGAGGAUGGGUACCUCUGGGGCCUGGACAAUUUUAUUGACAUUCUGACCAACAUGCUUCCAGAGAAAUGAAGGGCAUUGUGGAUCUUCGGAAUUGUCUUUUUCUGCACAGACUGUCUAAUUGCCCUCUAUGUUUUUUUUUUUUCUAUGUGGAGAAUAGGUGAAGGUUGGAGAGAAUGAAACGAUGGAACUGGCCUCAACAUUUAAUACAAGUCCUACUGAUGAACAUCUAAGCCUGUGAAUUUAUCUGCUGAUGUUGUAAGCCCCUCGCUAUUUAGUCAUUUUCACUACUUUGGAACCGCUGUAUGUAUUUUUACACUGUAAAUAGAUUUUUUUAUUUAAGCAGUUUGCUCUUACGGGUUGGUGAGUAAAAGAUUAGCUCAGUUUUAGGAACAUUAACCCUGCAGAUGAAAAUCAUUACACUCAUGUUGUUUUGACAGGUGUGAAGUGCUUUUAAAUACUAAUCAACCACCAUAGUCUGUCUGUUAUAGUUGUCAGAUAUUUUUCCUUUUAUUUUACAUAUGUGACCAAAUGGCUCUAAUUUGGAUGGGGAUGAACUGAAUCGAAGUGCAUACUACUAACAGUCCGAUAAACUGAAGCUAAAUCGAAUCACAAAACAACAAAGACCUCUUAUGCAUUGUUCUCAGUACUGUUUUAAUAACUUUGCAUAGCUCCCAAAGUAUUGUAAAUGUGGGAAAUGUGUUUUGCAUUCUGUCUUGAUCAAGCACUAUUUCAAUUCACGUUAAGCACAGUAAGUUAAACUGUUAUGCUUCACAUUCCUAUUUUGUGUGUUUUUUGCAUGCACGCAUGAGCUGCAAAAGGGGAAUACAGUAUGUUACUCUGUAAGCAGCUAAACAGUCUCUGUCAAUAUCAAAUAGAUGACUGCCAAUUCGAUAUGAGAAUGGUGGCUGGGAUAUUUGAGCCAGUACUCCUGAUGCACAAAUUCACUGUUUGCACUGUUAAUUUGAUCUCACAUUAUUGAGGUUUUGUACUGUAUAAUAAGUACAUAAUAAUUACAUGACUUGUGAUCAUUAUGUUGGGAGCUUUGUUAUUUUGGCGUUGUUGGUUUUGCAGUUCUGGUUUCUGGGUUGCUGUGAUUAAUAAUUACAGAAUCUUUUUUCUUUUUUUUUCAUGCCGGGUAAUUUUGUAAAGUGUUUGAAUGUCAGCACAAUAAACUUAAACGUGAUGUAA